AUGGACGGAUAUCCGCCAGCCUAUGUGGCCCAUAAUAUUCCUCUCUUGGUUGUAUCAGGGCUCGACCGAUCCGACGGUGAACCAGAGCGCACUGAUGGCGGGAUCCGAAUAACCUCAGAGAUCCCCCCAGUGGAGUCAGGGGAUGCGGAAGCCCUCCUGCGGCACUUCCGAGAUAGUGAUGCUGGAAACCUCGCAUGGAAUGGGCGUGAGCAUAGCGGAAGGAAUAAAUUCAGAGUCAAGAUUAUCGGAAGAGAUUAUGUUUUACCAGGCCGCGCUGCCCAGCUCCCUGCGUCUCUGCAACCUACGAGCCCAACGACAAGACCCGUUCUACAUUCACCGCUCUCACCAUUGAGCCCGGAAGGCCCCCUAUUUCCGGACGGCCUUAUUACCUCGACAUGGAUUGAGAAACACCAGGAUCGUGUUCCGAGCACGUACAUCGCUUUCUAUACCUUUACGGCCGAUCAAAACCUGUCAACUAAACUUGAUAAUCAAUUGAAGUCAGAUAUAAACAACAUCAAAGACACCUUGAGCCAAUCUGGUUAUAAAACUCGGCUUGUAGUUGCAUUGUUGAGUGAGGAAUCGGUUGUUCAGUCUCCUGAUGUAGAAGAAAGGCUUGCCAAUAUCCGUAAACACACGGGUCUUGACUCCAAGACGUCCCUAUUCUUCUUGCCUCCGCAGUCUUCGGCAGUUGAGCUUCAAGCAUUUGUCGAAACGAUCACCACUACUAUAUACCCACUAUGUAUCGAAUAUUAUCGCGAUUUAAGCAAGCAUGCCCGAAGGAAGCGCAGCAGGGGCGUCAUACCCCCUCCAACGGCGCCUCCAACCUCAGGUACCUCACAGACACUAUCUAGCCAAGGGUGGAACGUACGUUACGAUUUUAAGCUCGGAGUAUUUGCCGAAUUCCGACAGGAGAUGGAUGCCGCUGUUCGUUCUUAUGAAAGUGGCUAUGAAGGCCUGCUAGGACCCGAUGUUCUGGAAGUAAUUGCAAGCUGGAAUCCUCGAUGGAACGAAGCACGUUUACUUGCCGAUAUUUUCGCAAUACGCAUACUGCGCUGCUUACUCUGGAACGGGAACUCAACUGCGGCAGUCCGUAGGUGGCAGUUGCAUCGAGACAAAAUUCGAGAUUUCGUUGACCGAAGAGGCAAGGGAUCUUCCACAUACGGGUGGGAAGCUUGGGAGGCUAGGUGGGCUACUGUAAUGGGCGAGAUGAUCAAAAAAGUGUCGAUAAAUGAGUUCCGCUCUAACACUAGUGCGAUAUAUUUGUCGCCCGAGAAAUCCAUUGCAAUUGGGGAGCGAACGCAGGCAUGGGAGCUUCUCCACCACCCUGGAUACUGGUUCUACUCUGCGUCAAAACACCUUAUUACUCGCCGUAAUCUGGCAUUAGCCAUACCUGAAGAAGACCGAUCACCUCCAGGGUCAUCUCCUGCUUCGGCAAUUGCAAGUAAAGCGUAUACGUACGAUAUAUACCUCUGCCCGGAGCCACAUGAAGAGAAUCCGCUGCCUGGAUACGAAGGCGUUGACCACUGUGCUCUCAUCAUAGACUCUCUAAAUAAGGCUAUUGCCGAGUUUGAGUUGAGGGGCCAAUCUCGCCUUAUUCAAGAACUACAACUUCUUUCAGCGAAGGAAAGCAUGAAACAAGAAUCUUGGAAGGACGCUUUGCGGAUUCUCCGUCCCCUGUGGCAGAAUAUGACUUAUCGGAAAGAGGGGUGGUGGGAUAUCGUCGAAGAGGUUGGAUGGGCGUUGAGAAAUGCUGCAAUACGCUUUGGUGAUGGUGGCUCCGUUGUUGCCGUUGACUGGGAGCUUAUGAAUAAGUGCUUUACCCAUCAUCCCAAGUGGCAUUAUGAUAUUACCAAGUCAUUGGACAGCAUCACGAAUAUGAAGACUAAACCCGUAGUGGUUCUCCAUGAGAGCGAGGUCCACUCCUUUCUGUCUGCGUCGUUUGCCUUCGAGCAUGCCGAGGGGAAAGUUGGAGAAGCUUGCCCAUCACAACUGACUGUUUCCUCAUCUGCCAUAUCUACGUCAGCUCCAGUAACGAUAAGUGAAUUAAGGAUUGAGUUUGAGGGUAGUAUGAAGCCUAUUGUUGUGCGACAUAGUACGGGGGGCGAAGUCCAGAGCCAAGGCCCUGUCGUAUUCAACGAAGUGUGUUUGGUUGACGCUGUUCGAGAAGGUCGGCAUUCACAAACUGGCGAGGCAGACUUAACGUUUAGGCCCGGCCAGAGAAGGAUUUUCGAAUUCAAUAGUCCCUUGAGGGAGGAUGGAGAUGUCAACGCUAUAUCAACGUCAUUCUCCAUUAUCUCGGACCGAUUCGACUUCGAAUAUGUCCACAUAUUUGAACGGACUACAUGCCCUGACAUAUGGUGGGGCCAGCAGGGAAUGAAGAAGAGGAUUGCUCGCGCAAAUGCAUCAGCCCUAGCUGUGCUCCCAAAGCCACCGAAAAUGGAGCUUCGCUUUGUCGGGCUCGAAGGGCAGUACUACACGAACGAGCCCAUAACUUUACGGCUUGAAGUUCUUAAUGAGGAAGAAGUCGAUGCCAUUGCGAGCCUGGAUGCUCGUUUACGUGGAGAAGGAGUACCGGCUCUCACCUUGAAGGUGGCUAAAGGCCCUAGUGCUGCAUCUGAAGAGGACGAAAAGAGUAAUUUACUGGCGAGCACUUCACUACCAAGCACUCCACUUGGUAGAAUCGCAAGUGCAACCUCGAACACCGUUGAGAUUCUUAUUCCUCCACUUGAUUUACCAACAGUUUAUGAAGUUGCAAUAAAAGCAUCGUACAGCCUAGUUUCUGACAUGGAAACCCCAAUAUCCCGCUCGAUGUCCAUGCAACUAGAGGUUAUAAACCCUUUCGAAGCCAACUACGACUUUUCUCCCCGGAUGCAUCUAGAUCCGUGGCCGAGCCUUUUUACCCAUGAUGAGCCAGGAAACUACGGAUCCGACCACGACGCGUACGGGUUAGGACAAAAAUGGUGCUUGACGGCGAGGUACGCAUCAUUCGCCACGGAGGAAUUAAUAGUUGAGGAUGUUGCCGUGGAAGUUAUCGGUGUGCAUGGCGGAAUUGUCUGCUCCACCACAAAACCAAUGGAAGUGCCAGCGGGUGGUCUAAAGGUUGGCCCUCGUAGUCUCGAAGAGGCUCAAUUCGACAUCUGCACUCAAAAAAGGUCUUUAGAUGACAGGGGAACGGCUACUCUUGACGUGGCUCUGGCAAUAAAAUGGCGCCGCAAUGCCGAAGGCGCACCGGUAACCACAUCCACUCUAGCAGUUCCACGCCUGCUUGUUUCAAGCAGCGAGCCACGAGUGUUAGCCACGGUCUCUUACUCAUCCAGAAUCCCAUUUAUGAUUCAUUUUGAUGUCACGAUUGAGAACCCCUCUAACCAUUUUCUCACAUUCGGGGUUACCAUGGAGCCUAGUGAGAAAUUCGCCUUCUCCGGCGUCAAACAAUCAACUUUACAGCUUGUCCCGUUAUCUCGUCAGACAAUGAGAUUUAGGCUACUUCCAAGCAUAAGAGGGGACUGGAUUGGGCCUAUUCAAUGUGUGAUUAAAGACAGAUAUUUCCAGAAGGUGUUGAAGAUCUCACCAACUGAAGGGAUGAAAGUCGACAAGGAAGGAAUACUUGUGUGGGUUCCUCCUGACGAGGAUUUGUAG